GUCCUGUUAUUUUGUUUCUGCAAACUCAAAGCUGCAGCAUCAGCAGGAAUCUGCCAAACUGACCAAACUCAUAAAGACUACGGAGAGAACUACAGCUGAAAAAUGAGUGCCUCUAAAAGUCAAAGAAAUUUUGAGUCCAAGCUGAAGGAUCUGCAGUGCCACUUCACCUGGGCUCUCGACCCCGAGAAGUCCCGACUUCUACGUUUAAAGGACAAGCUUGAGGACAUCGGCACCGAGAAGGGAAAUCGAUGGCUGGGCCACAUUUACAACCUGCGGGGGUUUAUUGAGCAUAAGCUGGGGUUAAAUGAAGAGGCUAAGAGUUUGUUUCAGAAGGCUACGGAGGCACUCAAUGAGCUGAGAAAGGCAGAUGAGGGUCCUUGGUUAGUGGUGAACUACGGGAACCUGGCCUGGCUGCACCACCACCUGGGAGAUCAAGCGGAGAGUCAGGCUUACUUGUCAAAGGUUGAUGCCCUGAUGGAAAAAUACCCAUCUCCAUCCCAGGGCGAGCUCCAUCCAGAGAUCUGCGCUGAAAGGGCCUGGACGCUGAUCAAAUUUGGUAAAAAGGUACAGCCGCAAGCUGCAGAUCUCUUCAAGAAAGCCAUCAGGAUGCAGCCGGACAGGGUGGAGUGGAACGCCAGCUAUGUCUUAGGUUUAGCGCGUGCCAGUAAGCACAGCGAAAGCGGGGUAGACGCUAGCUCCCUGAAGAAAAUGGAACGCGCAAAGAAUCAGAAUCCAAAUAACUUGUACCUCGCUGCUGUCUACCUUACACAACUUGCCAAGAAAGGACAAAAAGUUGAGGAUGAAGCACAGAAGUUGGCAAGUCAGAUCUUGAGAAAUCCCGUCAGUAGCUACAGCGGUAUAAAGCCAUUACUGAGACUUUACACAAAGUACAUAUCUGUAGAUGAGGCCAUUGAUUUGGCAGAGGAUGCUCUGAAAAAACAUCCAGAUGAGCGUUAUCUUAAGAGGUGUGUUGCGCUCUGCUACAAGUGGAAGAUCUUGUUUUUCAGAGAGAGUCGCCCAAGGCCAGGCAUGACAGAGAGGGCAAUCAGUCUCCAUAGAGAGGUUAUUUCUCUUUACCCUAACUCUUCAUUCGUCAAGAAAAUUGAUCUUGCAAGUGUGUACGCAAAGUCAGACAAGGCUAAAUCCGAGGCGAUAUUCCAGAAACUGCUCCGAAGGGAUUUGGAGCCUGCAGACAAACAGGUGCUUUACAACCGAUUUGCAAAGCACUUAUACUGUGAUAAACAGGAUCACCAAGGGGCAAUGCAGUUCCACAUGAGGGCUGCUUCGAUAACAGUCGAGUCCUUCUUCCGUGACGACAGCAUCGAAGCUCUGAGGAGAACAAAAGACACAACAAAGUGGAACCGAAGGAGCAAAGAAAUAGAAGAGUUUCUGGCUAAGCUGAAACUGUAGUGUCCUCCAGAAAAAUGGAGGUAGUGUAUCACCUACAAAAAGAUCAGGAGCACUUGCAAAGAUUUUUUUUGUUACGUUUACAAAUCGAGCAAUGUUUGACAAAUUCAUACCGACAUGUAACAUGACUCCCUGCUGGCUGUGUUGUUGUUGGCGCCGUGUAAACAUGGACGGGACAGCCUUGAAUGUCAUUUAAGACUUUUUAGAUCACGGUCAUUCCGUGUCAAUUAACAUGAAAUGUGAAGCUACGAGCUAACUAAAGAGCGCUAACAUUAGCAUGCUAACACAACGAUGAAGGACAGGUGAUUGCAGUUUGAGUAAAGGACAGUUUUGUCUGCCGCUUAUGCUUAAUGGUGUUUAAUUACGGUGCGAUCCAUUUUAUAACUCAGUCGUGGGAAUGCGAGUGGAGGGGGGUUGAAGGUGUGUUGCUGGAGGAGAGCGGAGGCUUCAGUAUGGAGGAGGUGUGGUCUAACAGCAGUUUGUUUUGGUUUCACGCUGGAGCUCAAGGGCGACAUCUAUUGGAUCAAAAAGUCACACAUCUUUCUUUCUUAACGUUAUGUCCUCAGAAUGAAACGCUGGUUAGCAUGUUAGCAGUUAGCUACAGGCGCUCAGUAGUUUUUGUAUCGAUCCAUUGGGACACUUUUUUCUGACCUCCUCCGUCUGAAUGUUUCACAAAAGACGAUUCCCGGAUGUGAAAGUGAAACAUGUAAAUAAAUUAUUAACAUGAUGUAUCCUUAAAACCAGUGUUUAUGUAUUUUUAAAUAUUCAAGAAUAAGCUACUUUGAUUUGAUUAAACUUUAAACAAAUUCAUGUUAAAUUUUAAACAUAUCCACGUAAAUCUGCACUGUGAGUUUGUUUUAUGCAUUUCCAUGAGUUGAUAGAGUUUUGACCCAAAUGGAUUUCAUGUGGUUUGUGUUCCUGAUUGUUUUUCCGUCGUCUAAUUCUUGACUUUGCUGAUAAAAAAGCUCUCUGAAUUUCCUCUGAAGUGAUGAACAUUUGCUUUAUAGAUAACCCUGCGUUGCUUGGUUUUGCAAAAAGAAGUGAAUUUGAUGAAUAUUAUUUUUGGAUGAAGGUGAUUGUGUUCAUGCUGUGAUCAAAUAAACAUGUUCACUAAUAAAACUUUGAAUGUU